AUGGUCGUCUACUCAUUUUACAUUUUCGACCGCCAUGCGGAAUGCAUCUACAAACGCCGCUGGCUCCCGCGUCCAACCUCUACUGGUUCUAAACCUCCCAGGCCAACCUCAGACUCUGCUGCCCUCAGCAACGGCCUCCCAAAAUUCAUUCCAGUUUCAAGCCAAAGCCUGACAGCCGAAGAUGACGCAAAGCUGAUAUUCGGCGCGGUAUUCUCGCUCCGGAAUAUGGUGCGCAAACUCGGUGGAGACGAUGAUAACUUUGUCUGCUACCGAACAAGCCAGUAUAAGCUGCAUUACUACGAAACUCCCACCAAUAUCAAGUUUGUCAUGCUCACGGAUACAAAGUCGGGCAGCAUGCAGCUGGCCCUGCAGCAGAUAUAUGUCAAUCUUUAUGUGGAAUAUGUGGUCAAGAACCCCUUGGCUCCAGUCGAGCACCCUGGCGGACUAGGUGUAAACAACGAGCUUUUCGAGGAGUCCCUGGAACAGUUUGUGACAAGGGUUCUAGCUUAA